GUCUGACGUCAAAACUGGUCUGAAUUUUCGAUACAAAAGAUAAUCGAAAAAGUCCGAUCGAAGGUCAAACAGACGUUUUCUCAAGAGAAGCAGCCAUCGAGAGUGAAACAUCCGAGCUUGAGUUGUUGAAGAUUCCAACCGUUAUGGACUACUGGAUGGACCUGUGGCGUCAAGGACAGAGCCCUUGGCAUUCUACCGAUCCCAAUCCUUAUUUGGUCAAGUUUAUGUCCACACUUAACCCCAACGAUAAAGAUCAAUGCCUUCAAUUCUUUUUGCCUCUUUGCGGCAAGGCCGGUGAUAUCAGGUGGUUGUAUGAAAAAGGUCAUCGGGUUUGGGGCAUUGAAUGUAGCCCCAAAGCCAUCGAAGAGUUCUUUCAGGAGAACCAAAUCCCGUUAUCAAUCGAAAGAGUCAACGAGAACUGCACUAAAUACAUGUCGUUGGAUGAGAGGAUUCAAGUCUUUGUUUGCGAUUUCUUCCGAUUCGAUCCGAAAUGGAUAGGCUCUUUGACCGUGGAUCGGGUUUUUGACCGUGGAUCCCUGGUGGCCGUGGGAGUCCAGGAUCGAGUCCAAUAUGCGGCCAAGAUGCGGGAAAUACUCUUCCAAGCAGCCUCGCCCGCAUUCAAGUACCUCCUGUCUACUUACGAGUACGAUCCCAGGGAAUUCGACGGACCUCCGAGAACAGUUUGGCGAGAGGAGAUUCAUCAUUUGUUUGGAGAUUUAAUGGAGAUCGAGCUACUGGGCGAGUUUGACGAGAGCUCCGUGGGUAAGCAACGUUUCGGAGUGUCGCACAUGAAUCGAAUCAUGCUUUUGUUAACCCGAAAGCGGACGACGACGACGACGACGACGAACUUGAAUUAAAAGAGCCGAGUAAAACCUG